AUGCAUGCUGCUGUGUUCGUUCUAUAUCGAACCAUCCUCACCCCGGAUCCCGUUUACGAGGCAUACGUUGCCAACGCUGGCAUUGACGGAAGCACCGACUUCGACAUCGUCGACAACUAUUCCUGCGGAGCCCCACCAUGCGGAUCCUGGACUUUCCCUCAGGCUGCCUACACACCCUCUCCCCUCCCUUUCAGCACUGAUCCCGCUGCCACCGUGCCAGGACCUGCUGCCGAUCCCUCGAGCAUCUACAACCAGUUCAGUUAA